AUGAGCUGCAACGGCGGCUCCCACCCGCGCAUCAACACGCUGGGCCGCCUGACCCGCGCCGAGUCGGGCCCGGACCUGCGCUACGAGGGGACCUGCGGCGGCGGCGGCGGAGGCGGCGGCACCACCACCAGGAUGUUCUACUCGCGGCGCUGCGGGGUCGCCGAGCAGAACUCGGACGGAUACUGUCAAACUGGCACCAUGUCCAGGCACCAGAACCAGAACACCAUCCAGGAGCUGCUGCAGAACUGCUCGGACUGUCUGAUGCGGGCAGAGCUCAUUGUGCAGCCUGAACUGAAAUACGGAGAUGGAAUCCAGCUGGCUAGAAGCAGAGAACUGGAUGAGUGUUUUGCACAGGCCAACGACCAGAUGGAAAUCACAGAUAGCUUGAUCCGGGAGAUGCGGCAGAUGGGCCAGCCAUGUGAAGCUUAUCAGAAAAGACUGCUUCAGCUGCAGGAGCAAAUGCGAGCCCUUUAUAAAGCCAUCAGCGUCCCUCGUGUCCGAAGAGCCAGUUCCAAGGGCGGCGGAGGCUACACGUGCCAGAGUGGCUCCGGGUGGGACGAGUUCACCAAGCGCCUCACGGGCGACUGUCUGGGCUGGAUGAGGCAGCAGCGGGCGGAGAUGGACUUGAUCGCCUGGGGUGUGGACUUGGCCUCGGUGGAACAGCACGUCAACAGCCACAGAAGCAUCCACAAUGCGAUCGGAGAUUACCGCUGGCAGCUGGAUAAGAUCAAGGCCGACCUGCGUGAGAAGUCUGCCAUCUACCAGUUGGAGGAGGAGUAUGAAAACCUGCUGAAAGCGUCCUUCGAGAGGAUGGACCACCUGCGCCAGCUGCAGAACAUCAUCCAGGCCACGUCCCGGGAGAUCAUGUGGAUCAAUGACUGCGAGGAGGAGGAGCUGCUGUACGACUGGAGCGACAGGAACACGGACAUCGCGCAGAAGCAAGAGGCCUUCUCGAUCCGCAUGAGCCAACUGGAGGUCAAGGAAAAGGAGCUUAAUAAGCUUAAGCAAGAAAGCGAUCAACUUGUCCUCAAUCAGCAUCCGGCUUCAGACAAAAUUGAGGCGUACAUGGACACGUUGCAGACGCAGUGGAGCUGGAUCCUGCAGAUCACCAAGUGCAUCGACGUGCACCUCAAAGAAAAUGCAGCCUACUUCCAGUUUUUUGAAGAGGCCCAGUCGACUGAAGCCUACUUGAAGGGUCUGCAGGACUCCAUCCGGAAGAAGUACCCCUGUGACAAGAACACACCCCUGCAGCAUCUUCUGGAGCAGAUCAAGGAGCUGGAGAAAGAGCGGGAGAAAAUCCUAGAAUACAAGCGUCAGGUGCAGAACUUGGUGAACAAGUCCAAGAAGAUCGUGCAGCUGAAGCCACGGAACCCAGACUACAGGAGCAACAAGCCCAUUAUCCUCCGGGCUCUGUGUGACUACAAGCAGGACCAGAAAAUCGUGCACAAAGGGGACGAAUGCAUCCUGAAGGACAACAACGAGCGCAGCAAGUGGUGCGUGACGGGCCCUGGAGGCGUGGACAUGCUCGUGCCCUCCGUGGGGCUCAUUGUCCCCCCUCCGAACCCGCUGGCUGUGGAUCUCUCCAGCAAGAUCGAGCAGUACUACGAAGCCAUCUUGGCUCUGUGGAACCAGCUGUACAUCAACAUGAAGAGCCUGGUAUCCUGGCACUACUGCAUGAUUGACAUUGAGAAGAUUCGGGCCAUGACCAUCGCCAAGCUGAAAACCAUGCGGCAGGAGGAUUACAUGAAGACCAUCUCGGACCUUGAGCUGCACUACCAGGAGUUCAUCCGGAACAGCCAGGGCUCGGAGAUGUUCGGCGACGACGACAAACGGAGAAUGCAGUCGCAGUUCACGGACGCCCAGAAGCACUACCAGACUCUGGUCAUCCAGCUGCCAGGCCACCCGCAGCACCAGACAGUGACCAAAACUGAAAUCACGCAUGUUGGCUCCUGCCAAGACGUCAACCACAAUAAAGUAAUUGAAACGAACAGAGAAAAUGACAAACAAGAAACGUGGCUGCUGAUGGAGCUGCAGAAGAUCCGCAGGCAGAUGGAGCACUGUGAGGGCCGGAUGUCGCUGAAGAACCUGCUGCUGGUGGAGCAGGGUUCACCGCACCACAUCACUGUGAAGAUCAACGAGCUCAAGAGCGUACAGAACGACUCACAAGCCAUCGCCGAGGUUCUCAACCAGCUGAAAGACAUGCUUGCUAACUUCCGAGGGUCUGAAAAGUACUGCUAUUUACAGAAUGAGGUGUUUGGACUGUUUCAGAAGCUGGAAAAUAUCAACGGUGUUACAGAUGGCUACUUAAACAGCCUGUGCUCAGCAAGAGCUCUUCUCCAGGCCAUUCUCCAAACAGAAGACAUGUUAAAGGUCUAUGAGGCAAGGCUUACUGAGGAGGAAACUGUCUGCCUGGACCUGGAUAAGGUGGAAGCUUACCGCUGUGGACUGAAGAAAAUAAAAAAUGACUUGAACUUGAAGAAGUCCCUGUUGGCCACCAUGAAGACAGAGCUGCAGAAGGCCCAGCAGAUCCACUCCCAGACAUCCCAGCAGUAUCCGCUGUACGAUCUGGACCUGGGCAAGUUCAGUGAGAAGGUCACACAGCUGACAGAUCGCUGGCAAAAGAUAGAUAAACAAAUAGACUUCAGACUGUGGGACCUGGAGAAGCAAAUUAAACAACUGAGGAAUUAUCGUGAUAACUAUCAGAGCUUCUGCAAGUGGCUGUAUGAUGCCAAGCGCCGCCAGGAUUCCUUGGAGUCCAUGAAGUUUGGAGAUUCCAACACAGUCAUGCGGUUUUUAAAUGAGCAGAAGAACUUGCACAAUGAAAUAUCUGGCAAACGAGACAAAUCGGAAGAAGUCCACAAAAUCGCUGAACUGUGUGCAAAUUCAAUUAAGGAUUAUGAACUCCAGCUGGCAUCAUACACCUCAGGGCUAGAAACUCUACUGAACAUACCUAUCAAGAGGACUAUGGUUCAGUCCCCAUCAGGGGUGAUUCUGCAAGAGGCUGCUGAUAUUCACGCUCGGUAUGUAGAGCUGCUCACGAGGUCUGGAGACUAUUACAGAUUCUUGAGUGAAAUGCUGAAGAGUUUGGAAGAUCUGAAGCUGAAAAAUACCAAGAUAGAAGUUUUGGAAGAAGAGCUCAGACUGGCCCGUGAUGCCAACUCCGAAAACUGUAACAAAAACAAGUUUCUGGACCAGAACCUGCAAAAAUACCAGGCCGAGUGUUCCCAGUUCAAGGCGAAGCUCGUGAGCCUGGAGGAGCUGAAGAGACAAGCUGAGCUGGACGGCAAGUCGGCCAAGCAAAACCUGGACAAGUGCUACGCCCAGAUCAAAGAGCUCAACGAGAAGAUCACGCGGCUCACGUACGAGAUCGAAGACGAGAAGCGAAGGAGGAAGACCGUGGAAGACAGGUUUGACCAGCAGAAGAACGACUAUGACCAGCUGCAGAAGGCCAGGCAGAGCGAGAAGGAGAACCUGGGCUGGCAGAAGCUGGAGUCGGAGAAAGCCAUCAAGGAGAAAGAGUACGAGAUAGAGAGGUUGAGGGUUCUGCUGCAGGAGGAGGGCGCCCGGAAGAGAGAGUAUGAAAAUGAGCUGGCAAAGGUAAGAACCCACUAUAAUGAGGAGAUGAGUAAUUUGAGAAACAAGUAUGAAACAGAGAUUAACAUUACAAAGACCACCAUCAAGGAGAUCUCCAUGCAGAAGGAGGAUGAUUCCAAGAAUCUCAGGAACCAGCUGGACCGGCUCUCCAGGGAGAACCGGGACCUAAAGGACGAGAUCGUCCGGCUCAACGACAGCAUCCUCCAGGCCUCGGAGCAGCGCCGGCGGGCCGAGGAGAGCGCGCUGCAGCAGAAGGCCUGCGGCUCGGAGCUCCUGCAGAAGAAGCAGCAGCUGGAGGCGGAGCUGCGGCAGGCCGUCCAGCAGCGCGCGGACGACAGCGCCAGGCACAAGCAGUCGCUGGAGGAGGCCGCCAGGACCAUCCAGGACAAAAACAAGGAGAUCGAAAGACUCAAAGCCGAGUUUCAGGAAGAGGCCAAGCGCCGCUGGGAAUACGAAAAUGAACUGAGCAAGGUAAGAAACAGUUACGAUGAGGAGAUCAUUAGCUUAAGAAACCAGUUCGAGACCGAGAUCAACAUCACCAAGACCACCAUCCACCAGCUCACCAUGCAGAAGGAAGAGGACACCAGCGGCUACCGCGCCCAGAUAGACGGUCUCACCCGGGAGAACCGGAGCUUGGCCGAGGAGAUAAAGAGGCUGAAGAGCACGCUGGCCCAGACCACCGACAGUCUCAGGAGGGUCGAAGAGAACGUCCAGCAGCAAAAAGCCACCGGCACGGAGGUGUCCCAGAGGAAGCAGCAGCUGGAGAUCGAACUGCGGCAGGUCACUCAGAUGCGAACGGAAGAGAGCAUGAGGUACAAGCAGUCCCUGGACGACGCUGCCAAGACGAUCCAGGACAAAAACAAAGAAAUCGAAAGGUUGAAACAGCUGGUGGAGAAAGAGAGCAGUGAACGCAAAUGCCUGGAGGACGAAAAUGCCAAACUGCAGAGGGCCCAGUUUGAGCUGCAGAAAGCUCACAGCAGCGCCUCCGAGACGGUGAGCAAGCUGAGGGGGCAGGAGCAGGAGCUGUCGCGGCUGCGCGUCGACUACGAGCGGGUGUCCCAGGAGCGGACAGUGAAGGAGCAGGACCUCGGCCGCCUCCAGGGCUCCCUGAAGGAGCUGCAGCUACAGAAGCAGAAGGCGGAGGAGGAGCUGAGCUGGCUGAAGAGGUCGGCGUCCGAGGACUCCUGCAAGAGGAAGAGGCUGGAGGAGGAGCUGGAGGCCAUGCGGAGGUCUCUGAAAGAGCAAGCCAUCAAGAUCACCAGCCUGACGCAGCAGCUGGAGCAGGCGUCCAUCGUGAAGAAGAGGAGCGAGGACGACCUCCGGCAACAGAGGGACGUGCUGGAUGGCCACGUGCGGGAGAAGCAGAGGACCCAGGAGGAGCUGCGGCGGCUCUCCGCGGAGGUCGAGGCCCUGCGGAGGCAGCUGCUGCAGGAGCAAGACAACGUGAAGCAGGCUCACGUGCGGAAUGAACACUUCCAGAAGGCCAUAGAAGACAAGAGCAGAAGCCUCAACGAGAGCAAAAUCGAGAUCGAGAGGCUGCAGUCGCUCACCGAGAACUUGACCAAGGAGCAUCUGAUGCUGGAGGAAGAGCUGCGGAACCUGCGGCUGGAAUACGACGACCUGCGGAGGGGCCGGAGCGAGGCGGACAGCGGCAAGAACGCAACCAUCUCGGAGCUACGGAGCCAACUGCAGAUCAGCAACAACCGGACCCUGGAACUGCAGGGCCUGAUUAAUGAUUUACAAAGAGAGAGGGAAAAUUUGAGACAGGAAAUUGAGAAAUUCCAAAAGCAGGCUUUAGAGGCUUCUAAUAGGAUUCAGGAAUCAAAGAGUCAGUGCACUCAGGUGGUUCAGGAGAGAGAGAGCCUUCUGGUGAAGAUCAAGGUCCUGGAGCAAGACAAGGCGAGACUGCAGAGGCUGGAGGAAGAGCUGACUCGGGCCAAGGCGACGCUGGAGGCCGAGUGCAGGGUGAAGCAGCGCCUGGAGAGCGAGAAGCAGCAGAUCCAGAACGACCUGGACCAGUGGAAGACCCAGUACUCCCGCAAGGAGGAGGCCAUCCGGAAGAUCGAGUCGGAGAGAGAGAAGAGCGAGAGGGAGAAGAACAGCCUCAGGAGUGAGAUUGAGAGACUCCAGGCCGAGAUCAAGAGGAUUGAGGAGCGCUGCCGGCGCAAGCUGGAGGAUUCCUCCCGGGAGACGCAGUCGCAGCUGGAAACAGAGCGCUGCCGGCUCCAGAGAGAGAUCGACAGGCUCCGGCAGCGCCCGUACGGGGCCCACCGCGAGACCCAGACCGAGUACGAGUGGACUGUGGACUCGUCCAAGCUGGUGUUUGACGGGCUCCGGAAGAAGGUGACAGCCAUGCAGCUCUACGAGUGCCAGCUGAUUGACAAGACAACCUUGGACAGGCUGCUGCAAGGGAAGAAGUCGGUGGAAGAGGUCGCUUCUGAAAUCCAGCCUUUCUUGCGGGGUGCAGGGGCUAUCGCCGGCGCCUCGGCUUCUCCUAAGGAAAAAUACUCUUUGGUAGAGGCCAAGAGAAAGAAAUUUAUCACCCCAGAAUCCACAGUCAUGCUGCUGGAGGCCCAGGCAGCCACAGGUGGGAUCAUUGAUCCCCAUCGGAAUGAGAAGCUCACGGUCGACAGUGCCAUAGCUCGGGAUCUCAUCGACUUCGACGACCGCCAGCAGAUCUACACAGCGGAGAAAGCCGUCACCGGUUUCGAUGACCCGUUUUCGGGCAAGACAGUAUCUGUUUCGGAAGCCAUCAAGAAGAAUCUAAUUGAUCGAGAAACCGGAAUGCGCUUGUUGGAAGCCCAGCUCGCCUCUGGGGGUGUCGUCGACCCUGUCAACAGUGUCUUUUUGCCAAAAGAUGUCGCUGUGGCCCGCGGGCUGAUCGACAGAGACCUGUAUCGCUCUCUGAAUGAUCCCCGAGACAGUCAAAAGAACUUUGUGGAUCCGGUCACCAAGAAGAAAGUCAGCUACGCGCAGCUGAGGGAACGAUGCAGAAUCGAGCCGCACACAGGCCUGCUCCUGCUGUCGGUGCAGAAGAGGAGCAUGUCCUUUCAGGGGAUCCGGCAACCUGUGACCGUCACUGAGCUGGUCGACUCUGGAAUAUUGAGACCAUCUACUGUGAAUGAACUGGAAUCCGGUCAGAUUUCCUAUGAUGAAGUUGGUGAGAGAAUUAAGGACUUUCUCCAAGGCUCGAGCUGCAUCGCAGGCAUCUACAACGAGACCACGAAACAAAAGCUUGGCAUUUAUGAAGCCAUGAAGAUUGGCUUAGUUCGACCCGGUACUGCCCUGGAGCUGCUGGAAGCCCAAGCCGCUACUGGCUUUAUAGUGGAUCCCGUUAGCAACUUGAGGCUGCCUGUGGAGGAAGCCUACAAAAGAGGCCUGGUGGGCAUCGAGUUCAAAGAGAAGCUUCUGUCUGCAGAACGAGCUGUCACUGGUUAUAACGACCCAGAGACCGGAAACAUCAUCUCUCUCUUCCAAGCAAUGAACAAGGAACUCAUCGAGAAGGGCCAUGGGAUUCGCUUGUUGGAAGCGCAGAUCGCUACUGGCGGGAUCAUUGAUCCAAAAGAGAGCCACCGUUUGCCCGUGGACAUGGCGUAUAAGCGGGGCUAUUUUAACGAGGAGCUGAGUGAGAUUCUGUCAGAUCCAAGUGAUGAUACCAAAGGGUUUUUUGACCCCAACACUGAAGAAAAUCUCACCUACCUGCAGCUGAAAGAAAGAUGCAUCAAAGACGAAGAAACAGGGCUCUGUCUUUUGCCCCUGAAAGAGAAGAAGAAACAGGUGCAGACAUCGCAAAAGAACACCCUCAGAAAGCGUCGCGUGGUCAUAGUGGACCCAGAAACCAAUAAGGAGAUGUCUGUUCAGGAGGCCUACAAGAAGGGCCUCAUCGAUUACAAAACCUUCAAAGAACUGUGCGAGCAGGAGUGUGAGUGGGAAGAGAUCACCAUCACCGGGUCAGACGGCUCCACCAGGGUGGUCCUGGUGGACAGGAAGACAGGCAGUCAGUAUGACAUUCAAGAGUCCAUCGACAAGGGCCUGGUUGACCGGAAGUUCUUUGACCAGUACCGCUCCGGCAGCCUUAGCCUCACUCAGUUUGCUGACAUGGUCUCCUUGAAAAACGGCUUUGGGAACAACGGCAGCGGCGUCAGUGAUGACGUCUUCAGCAGCUCCAGGCACGAGUCCGUGAGUAAGAUCUCCACCGUUUCCAGCGUCAGGAACCUCACCAUCAGGAGCAGCUCUCUGUCCGACCCUCUGGAGGAGUCGAGCCCCAUCGCGGCCAUCUUUGACACAGAAAACCUGGAGAAGAUCUCCAUCACCGAGGGGAUAGAGCGGGGCAUCGUCGACAGCAUCACGGGCCAGAGGCUUCUGGAGGCCCAGGCCUGCACCGGAGGCAUCAUCCACCCUACCACCGGCCAGAAGCUGUCCCUUCAGGAUGCAGUCACCCAGGGUCUCAUCGACCAAGACAUGGCCACCAGGCUGAAGCCUGCCCAGAAGGCCUUCAUCGGCUUUGAAGGUGUGAAAGGAAAGAAGAAGAUGUCCGCGGCAGAGGCCGUGAAGGAGAAGUGGCUCCCCUAUGAGGCCGGCCAGCGCUUCCUGGAGUUCCAGUUCCUCACCGGGGGCCUCGUGGACCCAGAAGUGCAUGGCAGGAUCAGCACGGAAGAAGCCAUCCGGAAGGGCUUCAUUGACGGCCGGGCGGCCCAGAGGCUGCAGGACAUCAGCAGCUAUGCCAAGAUCCUCACCUGUCCCAAGACGAAACUGAAGAUCUCCUACAAGGAUGCCAUGAAUCGCUCCAUGGUGGAAGACAUCACGGGGCUACGUCUUCUGGAGGCGGCCUCAGUGUCCUCCAAGGGCCUGCCCAGCCCCUACAACGUGUCCUCGGCCCCAGGCUCCCGCUCGGGCUCUCGGUCAGGCUCCCGGUCCGGCUCGCGCUCGGGCUCCCGCAGCGGGUCUCGGAGAGGAAGCUUCGAUGGCACGGGGAGUUCUUCCUACUCCUACUCCUAUAUGUUCAGCAGCAGCUCCAUCGGGCACUCGUAGUCACUGAGAGAGCCGAGGCCGCCCAGCUCUCGCGUCGUCGACAGGAAUUUCUACUUUCUUGAAUGCCAGCAAAAGAAAACCUGGUGCUUUGCAGUGUAGCGAUAGAAUUUUUUAUGCUUAAAACGUAGCCAAGGUCAAAAUCAAAUAGUAAAGGCUGUUCUGACUUUCUAAACUUUUCGCUUAGCAUAAGGAAUGUAGUACACUUCUGUAUAGUUUAUGUGAGGUGGUAAUCACUUGUAAGGAUAGCACAAAUUGAAUUUCGAAUUUGGUUCUUCGUGUGUUUAGAUUUUGGGUCAGUUCUUCCUGAAGCUGUUUUUGACCUACAAGGUAGAUUUAUUUUCUUGGAGAUAGAUAUUAAACUCAUCCCUGGUGUUUUGGCCAUCAUUCUGUGUCUCGUCUAAAUAUUUCCAUUUUCUGUAUUAGGAGAAAACUGUCCCCCCACCCAAGCUUUUGCCCCGUUUUCUUUAGUUUAAAAAUAUGGAUUGUAUAACUCAUAUAUUCUUCAAUGCUGUUGUUUGGUUCGGUAUUCAUUUGACUAUGUCCGUGAUACCAGGAAUCUUUUUCUUCAAAGUUUUCUGUUUAUUUUGCUUGUUAUUGCAAAUGUGCUUUUAAAAGGUGUCUGUGGAGUUUACUGCUCUGGCAAUAAAGUUUUAGACUUUGGAA